AUGAGCAAACCCAUUCAGCCCAACAAAACAGUGGCGACCAAGCCCGUCAAAACUCAGUCCAAUCAUCAGUCUACCAAUCAACAACCACCGUUGAUUCUCCCUCACGUGUCACCUCAUCAAGGUCCAUCCAAGGAUGCCGCAGGCGCCCGAAGUUUUGUCACUCAGACAUGGACCAUCCCUGAUCGACCAAAACCUGGCCGAAAGCCUAAACAGAAACCCGCCGCAGAAACGAAGCAGCCAACACACCAAGUACAGCAGGAGAGCAUCUGUAAUGAUGGCCAUCUUAUCGAUAGUACCGCCAAGAACAAGUCACCCUCUCUCAUAGAACUUGAACCGCCUAGAAAAUCGAAAGAUCUCGACACAACCACUUCCCCAGGAGCUCUACAACAGGCUUAUAUCAAUUCGUUAGAAGCAAAAGUCCACAGUCUUCAAUCCCACGAAUCCGAACAGGUGAAUUACUACAAGACCCUCGCCUCACAAUCUACUUCAAAGAACGAAAAGAUCCAAAAUGAAAACGAUGUGUUGCAAUCACAAAUCAAAAUCUUGAGGGGAGAGGUCUUGAGGUUGCGGAAGCGAAUCUCGCAGCUCGUUAAAAAACCUACGACAGACAAUCAACAAAAGCCUAUUGUCGUUGAAGACGAGGCUUCUCCUCCCAAAGAGUCCAAAGUCCGCAAGCAAGCGUCUUAUCCCGAUGUCGAUAGUACCUGUUCCCUCGAGCGAUCUGGUACCUCUAUCAAGAAGCCCCGCCGCCCAUCUGUACCAAACGCAAUGCAUGAACCUCAAUCUACGUUAGUUGCUCUGCCGGAAACCUUCAGCUCGCAUCAGAUAUCACCAGGGAUUUCUUUAGUGGACAACACAACUACAUCUGUUGCAGUACCCAGUCACCCACCCAACAAAAAAGUUCCAGAUUUUACAUCCAGUGAUAUUUAUUGUGGAUUAUGUACGUCAGAGUUGGAUUGCGUCUGUCGACAGGUAGGGCUGAAGCCACCUUUACAAAGCGUCGAUUUCUCGGUCAACGAUCUCGGAGGCAAUCCGUUGGCGGUUCCAAUCCGGAGACGGGCCCAACCUUCAACCAGUAGUGUCUGGAGGAUAGUGACAGAAGACGACUCUGCGACUCCCUUAGCGGCCUCGCCUGAGACAGAACCUGCCUUGGCACGCGAAUGCAAUGGUAACCCGAAGGACUGUCCGGCGUGUCGCGAUGAUCCUUUCGGGCAGGCGUUUUGCGCAGCAUUAAAUCAAGCCACAGCCACCCAAGGACCUGAAUCGAAUUCCGGAGCGACGAAUGAAUCAGCAACGGGCGUUGGAAGUACAACUACUAGGAAGAUGCAGCGGUCCGACCCAAUAGUUGAUGCUUACAUGAGUAUACCUUGUUGUGGUGACCCCGAACUAUGUGGUUCACAAAACUGCUUUGAUAACACACCGUCGCCCACUCCAGUAGACAAUGACAAGAAAGUCUCGUGUUCGGAAGCCUGGAGGCAAUUAAAAGCCCACCCGAAUAUUGGAUUGGCGAAUCUUCAGCUCUUGGCCGACGUGGUUGCUCGUAAAUCUGCUCCUCACUCGGCCUCUUCAUCUUCUGCCGACCACAAUUCUUCAUCAAUGUAUCACCCCCAAAACCAGUCUCACGAGCGGGAAUCUAAUUUAAAUUGGACAUCUUCUCAGUCGAUACUUGAAACCGAAGAUUCAAUCUUCCGUCCUCAUGUGACUCUUUCCACUGUAUUCGAAAACACCCAUAACGAUUUUGACGACGACGACCCAAAUUACCAUCGUCAACCGAAUAAUCCAUCCCUUCAAGCUAGUUGCUCGUCCUCUGAAGAUUCGAUUCACAGAAAUCAUCUUAACAGCUUUGGCAGUGGUUUUAGACACCAUCGACAGCCGCAUCAACAGAAUCUUUCCUCCAGUACUGAGACUCAUCCAUCUUCCGGCAAAAAGGUUAAAUUCGUGGAGAAGGAGUCUUUGGACCAAGCAUUAAGAAUGCUGGAUCGCGCGAUCUAA